CAAAAUUCUCAGUGUUUCUCACUCGUGCCGUGACAGUCGUCAUUACAGUGGUGUACCCUAACCUCACAUUUCCAAAAUCAUUUAUAUUUUGAGGUAGAUUGUUUCUUUUGGGAGUAUGACUGACACCAAAGGCGAUAAGACCAAGGUGGAUUUGGGACUCCUGGAGGAGGAUGACGAAUUCGAAGAAUUUCCUGCUGAAGAUUGGACCGCAAAGGAUGAGGAUAAUGAGGAUAUCAGUGUCUGGGAGGAUAACUGGGAUGAUGAUGACGUGGAAGAUGACUUUAACCAACAACUUAGGACGCAACUUGAAAAACAGAAAGGCGACCAAAACUCUAAGGAAUGAGUGUUCUCGAGUGAAAAUUUGUACUUUAUAAAUAUCGCUUAAUUAACAAUUAAGAAUAUUAGUUUAAAUACAAUCCAAUUUUUCACCUCUUUCUGAAUCCGCUGUAUAUUUCAAUGAUCCAUAUUAGAAUACAUGUCAAAAAAAUAAAGUCUGAAAUGAAGUAA